CCGGGUCUCGAAAAAAAGUGCUAGUACCUGCGUGAACGUGGUAGAGGAGGGUGAUUUACUGCACAUUUGAGGGGGGUGCGGUUCAGGACUGGUCCGCUCUUUGUCUACUUGUUGACGUCACCGGAAAGAGGAAGAUGUCGGUAUCGGAGUUGAAGGAGCAGGCGCUCCAGAAGGCGCAGGAGAUGUCGCGACAGGCGGCAGAUGUGGCGGCCAAGGGCCAGGAGGUGGUACCAGAGCAGGCGAAGACCCUGUUCCAACGCUUGAAAAGCAUGGGUUACAAGCGAUGGGCACUGGUGUUGGCGACGAUGGGAGGGGUGCUUACCGCUCUGGCGACCCCGGUUCUGCUGGUUGUCGGUCUGCCAGCUCUCGUCCUCGUAGGAGGCAUCCUCCUUCUCUUCUCUCCACUCAUCCUGGUCACCUCACCGCUAUGGAUUCCCGUCGUCCUCUUCUUCCUCACUGUCGGUGGAGUUCUGGCGGCGACUGUGGCUGCGAUCUUCGGCCUGUGGUGGUUGUACCGAUAUUUCAGGGGACCGAUGCCACCAGGCGGCAAGCAGUUGUACAGGGUCAAGGAGUAUGUCAGGGGCGUCGUGCAGCGCACGACGGGAACCAUAGCCAAGAAGGGGCACCAGAUCACUGACGCCAUGAACAUCACGACGCCGUCCUCCACGUAAGGUCGCAUGCAUUCAUCAUGUUCCGUCUACGCAUUUUCAUCAUGUUCCGUCUACGUCUUCGUAAUAAUGUACCGGUGCAUCCGGACCCCACUGCCUCCAGGUGGCAUGCAGGUCUUCAUGGUGACGCGGAUUAUGGGAGGGUGGCACUUAAGAUUCUCAUUCGUUGUCCUUCUCUCUCAUCUUCGCAAGAAUGUAACGGCACAUCCAGAUUCCACUGCCUCCAGGUGGGAAGCAGGUCCUUACGGUGAAGGAGGACGUGAGGGUCGCACUGAAGAACGGCGCAUGCAUCCCUUUUUUUGUCUUCCUCGUCUUCGUAAUGGUGUACUGGUACGUCCGGACGCCACUGUCUCUAGGUGGCGAGGUGGUCUUCAUGAUGAGGAGUAUGUGAGGGUCUUCAUCCAGCGCAUGACAGGAAGCAUAGCCAAGACGGGGCAUGGCGUCAUGGAUCAUUUAGGACUUAUGAAUCAUCUUCUUUUACUCCUUCGAACCCAUACCUAAUAAGGGCAACUAGCUCAUGUAUCUUUUUAGACCUAAUGAAUCAUCCCUUAUCUUCCUAUUAUCUUAAAAUUCAUAGCCAAGAAGGGGCGCCAGCUCAUGGAUAUUCUCUGGAAGGAACGCAUCUUCAUCUUCAUCUUUAAACCUCAAGAAGCAUAGCCAAGACGGGGCACUAGCUCAUGGAGCAGUUUAGGACUCAACAUGUUCUUCUUCUUAGCUCUCAUCUGAGAAUCAUAGCCAAGAAGGGCAACGAGCUCAUGUACCUUUUUAGAACUCAUGAAUCAUCCCCUUUUAGGAUUCAUAGCCAAGAAGGGGUACGCGUUCAUGGAUCUUCUCUGAAAGUAAUGCAUUUCAUCUUCGUUUACAGCCUCCAGGAGGGGUUCUGCCUCUAUGUAGGACUUCAUGAUCUCCGUCCUUGAUCAUCUUUCUGCAUCGACUUCUUUCAUGUUUAAAAAAAAAAAAAAAAAAAAAAAAAAAAAAACAGAGAAGUAGGGGAUGCUGAACCCGAUUUGCAGUUUUUGCUCUGUGCCUAUACUGGGUAAUGGCCCCAGAAUUCCCGGUGGAAUUGUGCGGUCCCCGGCCUCAUUCCAUUGAUAUUUCAAUACAAAUUGAUACUACUGUUAAUUGUUUAAAAAAAAAAGUAAAAAAAAAAGAAAGCUGGCCCGGUUAUCGCUGUUAGCUAGGUGGGCCAUGCCAGCAGAACCGCAUGCCCCCUGGGUAAUAUUGGCUACAUAUAUCCCCGUGUGUCCGAACUCUGGCCACUACAACUAUGAGGGCUAUUUAAUUAUAAAAAAAAAAGGAAUGGGCACUGUCCAGCCUGGAAGAUGCACUUUCUGCAGUCUGGGCUUUUUAAUUAAAAAAAAGGUGGGACCCUUCACAUCCAGAACCUGGGGCAAGAUGCUCCCACAGCUCCUGGAUAAACCCAAUACUUGUCA